UCGGUAACGGGUCGCUUUGGCAACUGCAGAAUAUGUUUUUUUUUUCCUUCCCUGUCCCCAUGACAGGCGCUGCUCGGCUAGCGUUAGCAUCGAUGUAGCUCGCGCAGCCGAACUCCACCGCCGUGUGAAUGCGAGGGGCCACCGUGACAUUUCCACGUACGGACGCGUCUAAUGGCAGGCCAGCAGUCGGCGAAGUUCUUUUAAAAAGCGGCGUAAGCACCGGCUACUUGUAAUUAAAACACAUGGUUAGCUCGCUAGCGGCUAAGCAACGUGUGGCCCAGAGCUAACGGAUGCUAAUGCUAUAAUUAGCCAGCUGUAGAUGGUAGACCGCCUCGUUAUUUCUGCAGCCUGCACUCGUCUUUUAUCCCUCACGCGUUCACCGAAACACUGAAGGGGAUUUACGCUUUUAAUGACUGGCUUCAACGAAUUUAAAUCCCAUGGUUCUUUUUACUUGUCGUGGGGUUUAUUUACAGCAGCAGCUUCAUUCUCGAGCGCACGAAAGGAGCGUCGAUGGCUCUGUGUUGUCAGACUUCUGGUGUCUUUUAUGAGUAAUCAAAAGCAGCAAAAGCCGACGCUCACUGGCCAGCGGUUCAAAACGAGGAAAAGAGAUGAAAAGGAAAGAUUUGACCCUACUCUGUUUCAAGAAAGUAUCGUGCAAGGCCUGAAUCAAAGUGGCUCUGAUUUGGAAGCGGUCGCCAAGUUCCUCGACUCCACCGGCGGGAAGCUCGACUACCGCCGCUAUGCGGAGCCGCUGUUCGACAUCCUGGUGGCCGGCGGCAUGCUGGCCCCGGGGGGGACUCUGUCGGACGACAUGACCCGCACCGAGUUCUGCCUCUUCACGGCGCCAGAGGACCUGGAGACGAUGCAGGCUUAUGCCCAGGUUUUUAACAAGCUGAUCAGGCGUUACAAGUACCUGGAGAAGGGCUUCGAAGAGGAGAUCAAGAAGCUGCUGCUGUUCCUAAAAGGCUUCACCGAGUCCGAGCGCAACAAGCUGGCCAUGCUCACCGGCAUCCUGCUGGCCAACGGCAACAUAUCGGCCUCCAUCCUCAACAGCCUCUACAACGAGAACCUCGUCAAAGAGGGAGUGUCCGCGGCCUUCGCUGUCAAGCUCUUCAAGUCCUGGAUCCACGAGAAGGACAUCAACUCCGUGGCCGCCAGCCUCCGCAAAGUCGGCAUGGACAACCGGCUGAUGGAGCUCUUUCCUGCCAACAAGCGGAGCUGCGAGCAUUUCUCCAAGUACUUCACCGACGCCGGGCUGAAGGAGCUGUCCGACUUCGCCCGCAACCAGCAGUCCAUCGGUGCCCGCAAGGAGCUGCAGAAGGAGCUGCAGGAGCAGAUGGCCCGCGGUGACCCUCAGAAGGAGAUCAUCGCCUUCACCAAAGAGGAGAUGAAGAAGGCCAACCUGUCGGAGCAGGCCAUGAUCGGCAUCAUCUGGACCAGCGUGAUGAGCUCCGUGGAGUGGAACAAGAAAGAGGAGCUGGUGUGCGAACAAGCCAUCAAACUCUUGAAGCAAUACAGCCUCCUGCUGAAGGCCUUCACCUCCCAGGGUCUGUCCGAGCUCAGCCUGCUGCUGAAGAUCCAGGAGUACUGCUACGACAACAUCCACUUCAUGAAGGCCUUCCAGAAGAUCGUGGUGCUGCUCUACAAAGCCGACGUCCUGAGCGAAGAGGCCAUUCUGAAGUGGUACAACGACGCACACGUCGCCAAGGGGAAGAGCGUCUUCCUCGAGCAGAUGAAGAAAUUCGUGGAGUGGCUUAAGAGCGCCGAGGAAGAGUCUGAGUCUGAGGAAGAGGAGACGGACUGAAACCCAACACACUAACAAAGUCCUGAUGAGUAAAUUAUCCCAGUGGAGCAGGAAGCGACGAAUACUCCUUUCAUUUUGGGGGCUAAUUUGGAUACGUAACAUUCCGUUUGAUGUCGCUGCUCGUAAGAAUCAAACAUUCUCCCCUUUUGACCUUUUGACCCGGCUCCUAACCCUAUACCUAAUAUCUUGACUUUAAGCCACACCCCCUGCAAACACCUUGCCACUUAUUGGUUUCUACUGACUUUUUUUAAAAUUAAAAAUAUUCAAAUGC